AUGCCACAAGGCAAAAACACAGCCGGACUACUGCCCAUCUCAGCGGCGGCCACACAGAAGUCGGGCUCUGGAACACCCGCAAAGAAGGCGCCCAAGCCUCCCGCUCCUCGCCUCAAACUUCUCAUUCGACGCCUACCGCCAGGACUGACACAGACAGAGCUGGAAAGUGCUCUCGGAGGGCAAUGGAAGACUGGAGCGGGAAAGGUUGACUGGCUCCAAUUCAAGCCUGGCAAAGUGUCAAAAGACCCCAACAAGCCAUCCCGCCCAUCAAGAGCUUACAUCCACGUUGUCUCUACCGAAUUUGUCGCGGCACUCUCUGACACAGUGCGACAGGCCUCGUUCCAGGAUGCCCGCAACACUCUCCACGACCCCAUUCUACUUGGGCCUCCUUCGCUGGAGUUUGCACCCUACGCCAAAACUCCCGGCAGUCGUUCUCGCAAGGAUGCUCGUCAAGGCACGAUAGACCAAGAUUCGGACUUCAUUGCUUUCCUGGAAAGCCUCACCCAACCCAUUUCCAGGCCUGCGGGUGUAGACUCUCCAGCCGAUGGUGAAGAAAGGAAGAAGGAAGCCGUAAUGACUACCCCUCUGGUACAAUUCAUCAAGGAUAAAAAAGCGAGCAAGUCCAAGGACGGUUCAGGGUCAAAAUCCAAGCACAGUCGGUCGGAGAAAGAAUCAAAGCAGGAGAAGGUGCAGGCCAAAAAACUUUUGCAACGGGCUGAUAGGGAAAGCCCUGCAACCUCUUCCGACAAGAAGGUCAAGGGCGAAAAGACCAGCAAGGACUCUGCAAAAUCAGCUAAGGGAAAUGCUUCUAGCACCAAGGCAGGCAAGUCAGGCGCCACUUCAACCUCUACGAAGGAACCAGGCGCAGCUCCUGAGCGGAAGAGGGAACGCGGAAACGCCGCAGCGGCAACCAAAAUUCUUCAGCGGGAUCUUGGUCUCAUAGCCUCUGGCGGACGGCGACGCGGCAAAGGUGCUGCAACUGAUACUGCGUCUCCUAAGAACGAAAGCUCCCGAGAAUCAUCUAUUCCUACAGGCGAGAUGCCGAAAAAGGAAGCCAAGCCAGCCAAAAACACCCCGGCUACAUCCAAUAAUACAAAGUCAAAGGAUGGCGAGUCUUCUUCCCGAACCGAUGCUCCCCCUACGCCCGCAAAUUUGCCGGCGAAGUCCAAAGGCGGCAAACCCAAGGCGCCGUCCAAUGCGAAGCAGGCAUUCCUCAAGCAUGCAAAUCCCUCGCAAGGUGUGACCGAGGCACUUCUCGAGUCCGCAUUCAACUCAUUUGGGGCAGUAACCAAGGUGGAGAUCGACAAAAAGAAAGGAUUUGGAUAUGUUGACUUCGCCGAACCGGAAGCACUUCGCAAGGCCAUCGCUGCCAGUCCUGUAUCGGUGGCACAGAGUCAAGUAGUGGUCCUAGAGCGCAAGGAGAAUCCCGGCAGUGAGAAAUCUCGCAAGGGUCGCGAGGCGUUCAGUGCGAACAAAGCCAAAACGGUUGCUGUUGCUACUGGUGAACCAGCUGGGAGUGGAGCUGGGGCCGGAGCUGGUGCAGCUGGGAGUGUGGGAGGCAAUACGGGUUCCUCACGUGGAUCUCGUGGAGGACGUGGUUCACGGAACAAGGGGCCGAAAGGAGGUGGAUCUUCGGAGAAGGCGACUGGAGAGGCAAAAUCUACAUGA